AGUGUUAGCCAUCCACCAACCAAGCUUCAACUUCCGCAAAUAUAUAAUCGCGCCCAACUUUGAUUCGUCCGACGAUAGCACAGGCAGGCAGCACAGCAUCCGCACACCGCAGCGGCCACACACUGGCUGCCAGUACCAGCCAUCGGUGCUUGCGGCUCCCCCCCGCACCAGCUCUCUGCAACAGCUUCCCCGGCCACUUAGACGCUCUCCUGCACGCAACCACGACAUCGACCGCUCCAUCCACAACCCGACCACAAGAUUCUAGGGAGCAGCCAUUGGGUGUCGCGCAAUCCUUUUCUGCACCCUCCCGUCAGCCCCUUUGCUUGCUGCCAUCCCACACGCCUCGAGUCGUCGCGCGCCCUGCCAUCGCGUAACGCUUGCGCAACACGCCCCAAGCCAUGGACGCCGUCAACCUCCAACACGGCCAGCAGAAGAUGCGCCAGGCCCCUGCCGCCCCUCGUCGCUAUGACGGACAGGCCGGCAAUCCGCUCUAUGACCCUCAACAGGGCGGUCACUAUGGCGCCUCUGCAUCCAUUGCCGCACAAGGUCACGCUCCCGACCCGCAGCUGUUCAUCGGCUCGUGGCAGAAUGUCAACCAAGGGCUAACGGGCAACUACCGCGACAUCCUCAACACAUACUGGCAGCAACAGGUCACAAAGCUGGAGACGGACGAGCAUGACUACAAGCUACACCAGCUCCCGCUGGCUCGCAUCAAGAAGGUCAUGAAGGCUGACCCGGAAGUCAAGAUGAUCUCAGCCGAAGCACCCAUCUUGUUUGCAAAGGGCUGCGACAUAUUCAUCACAGAGCUUACCAUGCGCGCCUGGAUCCACGCAGAGGAGAAUAAGCGUCGUACCCUGCAGAGAUCUGACAUCGCCUCGGCACUGUCAAAGUCCGACAUGUUCGACUUCCUCAUCGACAUCGUCCCCCGCGAAGAGGCUCAUCCUCACAAACGGAGCGCUGGACAGAAUGCGGCCGUGCAGUCAUCGGCCGCUGUAGUCCCCCCAGGUGGCAUGCCUCAGCCCGUGCAUACUCAGCACCAGAUGGCGCCUCCAGACUACGUAAUGGGUCAACAGAUCCCGCAUGAAGAAUUCCAGCAACCGACCAUGUACCAGGGCCCCGUACAGGGUGAUCCUAGGGCAUACGGGCAGCAACCCAUGUACGACACUGGUGUCUAUGGCGCAUACCCUAUGGCGCAGCAGCAGAUGUACCCGGUCGGCCAGCGAGGGCCCGAUCCUGGAGUCGGCGACCCGCAGGGUUACCGUCAUGAGGAAGCGGAUGCCGACGCUGAAGGCGAGCGAGAGGACUUUGGCCCGUAGUACGAGCUAGGUACCGCAUUCGCCCCGAUAGAGAUCGACGACGAAGAGGGUAAUGGGGAUGUGAAGUGUUUAAGCUCAUCCCUCAAGUAGCUAGCAAUGGGUGAGAACGGUUGGCGUUUUGGUUUGUAUGGUACAUGGG